CGCGCCGGGGUUAGCGCGGCGGUUACUGUGGAUCUGCCUGGCGGGACCUCGCUCCAGGUCCGCGUGGAUGCCGGCCAGCACGUCGGGUCCUCGCGGCCCAAGGGACACACCAGACCCACUUGACGCCCCGCCCGGGGCUCACAUGGACGCGCGGGACCCGGAAGCCCCCGGCGGGCGCGCGCUGCGAGACGCGGCGGAAGAUCUAUUUCAGGAACUUCAAGAACAUUUUCAAGCUCUGACUGUAACAUUAAACCUCAGAAUGGAAGAAAUGGGGCAUCGCAUUGAGGAAUUGCAGAAGAAUGUAAAUGACUUAAUGGUGCAAGCAGGGAUUGAAACUUCUAUGAAAGAACAAACGGUGAUCCGUCUGCUUCAGCCUGCUGGAUAGCUGGGAUUACAGACAACAAUACCAACCCAUCUUCUUCCGUCUCCUCCUCAGCCUACUCAGCAUGAAGACCAUGACGAUGAAGACCUUUAUGGUGAUGCACUUCCACUUAAUUAAUAGUAAAGAUUUUUUUUUCUUAUGGUUUUCUUAAUGUUUUUUUCCUAGCUUACCUUAUUGUAAGAAUACCAUAUAUAAUAAAUAUACAAAAUAUGUGUUAA